AUGGCCUCCAGGACGUCGCCGCUGGUGUUCAAGAGGGUGGCCGGGAUCCGAACCAUCGCUGAGUCCGGCCGCUUCAAGCCAUGGACUACAAUGUGCGUGAAUGCAGACUAUACCACUCCUGCUGAUUCUGUCGCCACCUCGGAGCAAACAGGUGGUGAAGCUGAGGCCACCUUAGAAACAGGUGGUGAAGCUGCAGCCACCUUGGAGCAAACAGGUGGCGAAACCGAAGAGCCGACCAUUGUAGCACCUGCUAAUGAAUAUACAGAGCAGGAGGCUGCUCCUCAGCAGAAGUGUGCAAAGAUACACGACUUUUGCCUAGGGAUACCUUUUGGUGGACUUUUACUCUCCAUGGGCCUUAUUGGAUUUCUCUUCUGGAGGAGCCCUGCGAGUCUUACCUUUGGCGUUGCACCUGGCCUUGCCAUAUUGGCCCUGGCUGUACUUAGCCUCAAGGUCUGGAGGAGCGGGAAGUCCAGCUUACUGUUCAUACUGGCGCAAGCAGGCAUUGCCGCUGCGGUAGCAUGGAAGCACGGCCAGGCGUACACCACUACGAGGAAGCUGCUUCCGUGGGGCUUCUACGUCGCGCUGAGUGCCGCAAUGAUCUGCUUCUACUCCUACGUUCUUGGCAUAUUUAUUUUGACGAAUACUAAAGAAUUGCAACUACCAUUCACUAUACUUCAAAAUGGAGAAGUUUCUACCAGCAAACAUGGAUGCAAUUAUGCGUCUUAA